GUGGCGCUGUUAGGUAAAGUUGAGAAUACAUGGAAAUGUUGGCAACUAGACGAUACGUCUCGAAUCGAAACACCUCUCAGUCGCAAGGGAGAAGAGACGUUCCCUGUUGGUCUGUGCAUCGAUACAUCAUCACAAGUGAAUGUCACGUUGAAUGAUGACGGCACCAUGGAAAGACCUCCUUGUCCAACUGUAAUGGUCUUUUCAACCGAUGGUGUUCUGCAUUCAUUCAGUGCGAUUUCGUUUAAACCAGAACAUAAAAACAUCAACAGGUAUCUCUCAUCUUGA